CAUGUAUGUAUGUCAGGAGCAGAGCUGUGCAAUUUAACCAUUUCUAUCUCGUUCUAGAACACACCGUAUUUUACACACACACACACACACGUCAUAGCCCUAUGGUAGACCAGACCCGUACAGAGCCAGAGCGGAAACCCCUCCCGAAUCCCAGCUCCGGCAGCCGAGCAAAAGAAAAGAGGAAUACCAAGAAAUCAGGAGACAAGGAGAAAUAACAGGAGAAAAGAAACUAUCAUAAUAAAGAAAGAUGCAGAACUGAGGGUGACUAUCCAUCCUCCCGACCCGGUGAAGUGUGAGACUAAAUAGCGUGUCGUGAGGAAAAGGGGAGAGGGACGAUGGGGUUCGGACGGGACCUGGGGAACUCCCACGAUGGGCUGUUGAAGCUGCAGGACUGGGAGCUGAAGCUGCUGGAGACGGUGAAGCGCUUCAUGACGCUACGGGUGAAGAGCGACAAGGAGUACGCCUCUCUCCUCCUCAACAUCAGUCAGCAGGUGGACAAGCACGACAACUGCUCCCAGAUGGACUACAUCAGCAACGUCUCCAAGUCUUGGGCCCACAUGGUCCAGCAGACAGAACAGCUGAGUCAGAUCAUGAAGUGUCACGCGGAGGAGCUGAACUCUGGCCCUCUGCACAGACUCACUAUGAUGAUCAAAGACAAGCAGCAGGUGAAGAAGAGCUACCAGAGCAUCCACACACAGAUCGAGUCCGAGAUGAACAAGGUGACAAAAAGCGACCUAGAAAAGUUAAAAGGCACCUACAGACAAUUAUCAAAGGAUGCCCACAGUGCCAAAGAAAAAUACAGAGACGCAAUGGUGAAAGGCAAGGAGCCAGAGAAGGCGAGGGAGCGUUACGACAAGGCCACCAUGAAGCUUCACAACCUCCACAACCAGUACGUGCUGGCGGUGCGGAGUGCCCAGCUCCACCAGGAGCAAUACCACGACACCACGCUGCCCCUCCUGCUCGACUCCCUGCAGAAGAUGCAGGAGGAGAUGAUCAGUGCACUGAAGGGGAUUUUGGAGGAAUAUAGUGAAAUCACCAGUCUCUUAACUGAUGAAAUAGUGAAAGUCCACAAAGAAAUCCACACCUCCAUCGACCAAAUUGAUCCUGUGUCAGAGUAUGAACACUUCAUUGAGGUUCACAGGUCUCCAGAAACCAAAGAACCAAAUGUAGAAUUUGACCUUUCACUGUUGGAGGAAACCGAGAAUCUUCAAGCAAACGAGAUCCUAUGGAACAAUUUGACUGCAGACAGUUUACAAGCGAUGCUGAAAUCCACAUCAGAUGAGCUGGGCCUCACUCAGCAGAGCCUACGCACCAAGGAGGAUCUCAUGCAAGACUUGGAAAACAAGCUUGAUGAGUCCACCAAAACAUGUGAAAAGAAGUCAGAUGCGGUGCUGCUGCUCAGUCAGAAGCAGUCUUUGGAGGAGCUGAGGCAAACGGUCCAGUUGUUACGCUGCACAGAAGCCAAGCUGGGCGCCCAGAAGGACCUGCUCGACCACAAGAUGCAGGAGAACGAGGGCAAGGAGCCUCCCCCCAUGGUUAACUACGAGGACGACGCGCGCUCCGUCAACUCCAUGGACAAAUGCAAAGACAGGACAUCAAAGUUUGACACCUUACGUCAUUCCUUAGCCGGCAUCCUCCGCUCUCCCAAAUCAGUUCUUGGCUCAUCAUCGCAGUUUUUCGACGUGAUCCCAACUAGUGAGAAGCCCCUGGGGGACCAGGAGUGGUACCACGGGGCCAUCCCCAGGACCGAGGCCCAGGAGCUGCUCAAAGAGCAGGGAGACUUCCUGGUCCGGGAGAGCCACGGCAAGCCUGGCGAGUACGUCCUGUCUGUCUUCUCAGAGGGACAGCGUAGACACUUCAUCAUCCAGUUUGCAGACAACCAGUAUCGUUUUGAAGGCACUGGCUUCCCGACCAUUCCUCAGUUAAUUGAACACCAUUACACUUCAAAGCAAGUUAUUACCAAGAAGUCUGGGGUGGUGCUUUUAAACCCAGUCAUCAAGGAUAAAAAAUGGAUACUCAACCAUGAGGAUGUUACUCUUGGAGAGCUUCUUGGCAAAGGUAACUUUGGUGAGGUAUUCAAAGGAACAUUGCGGGACAAGACUCCUGUGGCAGUCAAAACAUGUAAAGAGGAUCUUCCACAGGAGCUGAAGAUUAAGUUCCUAUCAGAAGCCAGGAUCCUCAAGCAAUAUGACCACGCAAACAUUGUGAAGCUGAUAGGCGUUUGCACACAACGACAGCCUAUUUACAUUGUGAUGGAGCUAGUGUCAGGAGGGGACUUCUUGUCGUUUCUACGGAAGAAGAAGGAAGACCUGAAGACCAAACAGCUGGUGAAGUUUUCUUUAGAUGCUGCUGCCGGAAUGGCUUACCUCGAGCUCAAAAACUGUAUCCACAGGGAUCUGGCAGCUAGGAAUUGUCUGGUGGGAGAGAGCAACCUGCUGAAGAUCAGCGACUUUGGGAUGUCAAGACAAGAGGACGAUGGGAUCUACUCGUCGUCUGGCCUCAAACAGAUCCCCAUCAAGUGGACGGCUCCAGAGGCUUUGAAUUAUGGGAGAUACAGCUCGGAGAGUGAUGUGUGGAGUUUUGGCAUCCUCCUAUGGGAAACGUUUAGUCUAGGAGUGUGUCCUUACCCAGGGAUGACCAACCAGCAGGCCAGAGAGCAAGUGGAGAAAGAUUACAGAAUGUCCUGUCCAACAAAGUGCCCUGAGGAGAUUUACAAAGUCAUGCAGAAGUGCUGGGAGUACAAACCUGAAAAUCGGCCAAAGUUUGCCGACCUACAGAAAGAACUGGCCUCGAUCAAGAAGAAAUAGCAACCUGGUAGGGGAAGGUGGACCAGGUCAUGACCCCCUUACAACCUGAGAGAAACACCACAGAACGUUACAGCCUUGAUGCUACUUGUCGUGAUUGUACUCACGGUGUAUACUAUGUCACAAAAUCACUGUGUUAUUUGCCUAGGCAACUGUUUUGAGCCAUUAUCAAGGAGAGAGAUCUCUGCUUAGCUUGGAUCAUUGUCAAAAUAUGACAGUAUUAUUAUUUUUUUUAAACCUGGUGUUCCUUUAUUUCUGUUCCUUUUUCUUACUGAACCUCUGCAACUAAAGGUGUUUUGAGACAUAACCACACAAACAUGUGUACAAUUCAUCAUGCUCCAUUGCACAUAUGACUUCUGUUGUUUUGCUAUUGGUCAUCACUCGGGCAUAGCCACGAUAAUGAGAAAUGUCACAAUUUCUAGUUUUUUUUAGGUCCCUGAGUUUGGUCCUGUUAAGGUUAGAUGAGUAAUAUGAGUUGAAAAUGCCAAGGAGUCUGGUGCUCCGUGUAGCUGUGCAACAUCUAAAAGAGACUGUCUAGAUGCACUCCGUAGAGACAGAUGGGGUUUGAGAACCAGUUCCUACCCAAGGACGUAACAGUUUAUACCUAAGGGUAUAAACAGUGUCCUGUUUUUGUCCCGAGCUUGACUUUUUCACAUUCAGCAAGAACAAUUUUCUUCUUCCUCUAAAGUCUUAUUGUGAUGUGACAGUUUGAUUUGAUGUGAAUCAUUUCUGUCCAAAGAUUUCCUAAAGUAUUCUCUUCAUGCCCACUAUUUAAUGUAGAAAACCUUUGAGUUUAACAUACAAGGAUAAGUGCAAUUUGUGACACCCUUUUUCCUAUAAUUGUUUGGGCUUUGUGAUGUAUAAAUAUUGCAGUAAGGCCAUUUAUUUAGAAUUAAUAUAAUUUUACUUAUAAUUCUUAAAUGUUUCAAGACCCUCCAGAAUGCUGAUUAUUUUCUACAUUUUAGUCUGUUACAAGCUCAAUACUCAUAAUUUGACAAUUAGAAUGUACCAUAACUGUACUAUCUGACUUGAAAUGUGAAUUUAGCAUUUUCUGUCAAAAACAGUCAGCUUUUACAUAGCUACGCGAGUUUUAAGGAGCUCCAUUUUUCAUGCAUUCAUUUUUGUGGCAUUUUUUUACUUCAAAUUUUUUUAAAUAAAACUACUGUUCUAAAUUGUUGAUAGACAAUUGAACAGUGAUAGCAAUGAACAGUGAACUUGUUUUCAUUAAGUAUACUUAGGGCCAGGAGUUGUAUCUGACCAUGCGACAUGACCAAGAGAGAACUCUGGGGCCUAGUCUAUACCUAUGGUCUACAGUUUUCCUGGCAAGGUAAUUCUCCGUUCCCUAAUAUAGUAUAUUCGCUAUUCCAGCCACUGCUGUAUGAUGUAAUUUCUCUGAGGGUGCCAUGUUGUUUCUAUGUCAACCAAGCUCCUUGCCAUUUGUGCUGACAGCCCAAGCGUGUCUUCAAAAGCAUCUUCUGUGAAGUAACACGUCACAUCCAUCCAUCCAUCAGUUUCACUCCUAUUAGAAUGAUGGAACUCUUGUCUUGCAAAAAACAUUCCUCCUGUAUUUUGUAAAUACUUGUAGAUGCUAUAACUUUUAUUUUAUGCAAAUGUAGGUCAUGUUUUGUGUGUAUCUCUAUUGGAAGUGUUUCUUCCAAUGAUUUAUUCGAUAAAGAAAACAUUGUCUGUUUUGCUUCUGAAUCUGCAUGGAUUGUUUGUACAUUUUUAGUAUAUGUAUAAAAGAUUUUUGGAAAAAUCCUCUUUCCUAUCUAUUAUACAAUGUCUCCUGCUCAUCUAUCCUAUAUCCUCAUCUUUCUGUGUCACAAAUUACACCCUAUAUAGUGCACUAAUAUGCCAAAGGUAGUGCACUAAUAUGGCGUCAUUUGAGACAGACUGGUUCGUUGACAGGAGGAACAGUUUUUUUUCUUAAUUUCUCCAGUCAAAUGACCUCCUGAUAUUUAAAAUGUUUUGCAUUCCAGACAACCUAGCAAGAGAAAGGUGUAGAAUGAAUAGGCGAAGGGAGCUUACAUCUUAACUACUGGUUGAUGAGCACAAGAUAUUUCUGUUUAACACGUUUGAAAGGCAUACACUUUUUUCAGUAACUCUUAUUUAUUAUCAUGAGUAUUUUAUAUUAAUUUGUCUCCUGUUAGUGUAUUAAAAUAUUUGCCAGUAUUCUUUUUAUAGAAUUUGUUCUAUGGUUUAAAAAAAUAUAUUUGUCUUCUUCUCAUGCAAAGUGACCAAGUCUAGAUUUCCCCAUGAGUAGUUGAAAAAUCUGCUCUACAUUACUAGCCAAUAUAUGAUACAGACCAUUAUUACAUUUGUGUCGAAUGGAAUUGUCUUUCAGUUUGUCACUCAUUUGUUUUUGAGUGAAAGUGUAUUUAAGCUUCACAAUUCAAUGUGAAAGUAUUGUGCUGCAUUAACAUUAGCAUUCUGGUAUGUACUCCAAGGCCAGCUUCACAGCGUUAAGGUGCAGUCGCUUCGAAAAGUAUUCAGACCCCUUGACUUUUGACGUUGUUACAUUACAGCCUUAUAAUGGGUUAAAUAAAUGUCAGCAAUCUACACAACCCAUAUUAACAAAGCAAAAACAGGUUUACAUUUUUUGGCCAAUUAUAAACAUUAUUACAUAAGUAUUCAGAUCCUUUGUUAUGAGACUUGAAAUUGAGCUCAGGUGCAUCCUGUUUCCAUUGAUGAUCCUUGAUUACUCUACAACUUGGAGUCCACCUGUGGUCAAUUCAAUUGAUUGGACAUGACUUGGAAAGGCACAGAACCGUGUAUAUAAGGUCCCACAGUUGACAGAGCAAAAACCAAGCCAUGAAGUCGAAGGAGCUGUCCGUAGAGCUCAGAGACAGGAUUGUGUUGAGGCACAGAUCUGGGGAAGAGUACCAAAACAUAUCUGCAACAUUAAAGGUUCCCAAGAACACAGUGGCCUCCUUCAUUCUUAAAUGGGAGAAGUUUAGAACCACCACCACUUCCUAGAGCUGGCCUACUGGUCAAACUGAGCAAUCAGAGCCUUGGUCAGGGAGGUGAUAAAGAACCCAAUGGUCACUCUGACAGAGCUCCAGAGUCCCUCUGUGGAGAUGGGAGAACCUUCCAGAAGUACAACCAUCUCUGUAGCACUCCACAAGUCAAGGCUUCAUGGUAGUGGCCAGAUGGACGCCACUCCUCAGUAAAAAGCACAUGACAGCCCGCUUGGAGUUUGCCAAAAGGCACCUAAAAUAUUCUUAGACCAUGAGAAACAUGAGUCUCUGGUCUGAUGAAACCAAGAUUGAACCUUUUGUUCUGAAUGACAAAUGUCACGUCUGGAGGAAACCUGGCACGAUCCCUAUGGUGAAGCAUAGUGGUGGCAGUAUCAUGCUGUGGGGAUGUUUUUCAGCCGGCAGGGACUGGGAGACUAGUCAGGAUCGAGGGAAAGGUGAACAGAGCGAUCCUUGAUGAAAACCUGUUCCAGAGUGCUCAGUAACUCAGACUGGGCCGAAGGUUCACCUUCCAACAGAACAACGACCCUAAGCACACAGCCAAGACAACGCAGGAGUGGCUUCCGAACAAGUCUCUGAAUGUCCUUGAGUGGCCCAGCCCAGACUUGAACCUGAUCAAACAUCUCUCCUGAAAAUAGCUGUGCAGUAAUGCUCCCCAUCCAACCUGACAGAGCUUGAGAAAAAUGGGAGAUACUCCCCAAAUACAGGUGAGCCUUGCUUGUCGCAACACUCAAGGCUGUAGUCGCUCCUAAAGGUGCUUCAACAAAGUACUUAUGUAAAGUUUAUAAAUUAGCAAAUAUUUCUAAAAACCUGUUUUUGCCUUGUCAUUAUGGGGUAUUGUGUGUAGAUGGAGGAUUUAAAAAGCUGUAACGUAACAAACGUGGGAAAAGUCAAGGGGUCUGAAUACUUUCCAAAUGCACUAUAUGUGCAUUACUGAGCUCUUUUCCUAGAGCAUAUUGUUAAUAGAUGUGUGUCAAGCUAACUUAAAGAGCUGGGAUAUUUAUUGCCACAACAGACCUUAUUUUGAUUGCACUUUUGGCCAUGUUAAAAAGACACAGACACAAUAGUACUGUUGUGUUUAGCCCAACAUGCUUCCCUAUGAAUAAAGACCAUAUCUAAAGUAACAAGUGAACAAUGCACUGGAUUUGAAUGAGUAUCACAUUGUUAUAGUUAGCCAAUAUUAUGUAAUAAGAAUUACUGUAGCUAGUGUGGUUGUAAUUGAAAAAUGUACUUGAAUGUGCUUGCUAUUACACACCUGUAUGCCCCUUGUUAGAUUUAGCUUUCACAAUCAUGUCCCUUGUUAGAUUUAGCUUUCACAAUCAUGUCCUGUCAUUGUUUUAUACUGUGUACUUGCAAUAAAAAACAUUCUUGGCUCUUUGAA